CUUCGCUGCUCCUCACUCAGACACAGGUGAAUGAGGACUCCCGGCUCGGGGACGAUGGCAGGGAGCCUGGUUCGAAUCGCGGCGCUGCUGAUAACCUGGGGCGUUGCGGCUGCAACCCGCACGGUCUAUUAUUCUUGCGGUGCUGUGGUCAGUUCUGAGCCUGAAGGGAUUAUCCUGUCUCCUGGCUUUCCCAUGAGGUACGCCGCAGGCACGCACUGCGUUUGGCAGUUCUUCAUCCCGCCUGGAGCUCGUCUCGACUUGCAAGUCUUUGACUUUGACGUGUUCGAGGGCCCAGACGAUGAGGGCCGUCAAGCCCCUGAGACAGAGAGUCGGGAGGAAGGAGAUUCCAGUUCAGCUGAGAGUCGAGGUUCAGUGCGGGCCAGAGAGCCCCAGAAGCUGCAUUCACCCAUGAAGGAGACCAGUCCUGGUGGGAGAGUCAAGAUCUUGUUGAACGAGAUAAACGCUUCAGAAUCAAAAGGUUCUAAGGUCGACAACCUGGGCUCCUCUGCAGACAAACAGACACAGAAAGAGUUAGUCAAAGCGUUGUCCCAAAUGAACAAUUCCUCAGUGAGUGACUCCCCACUUGACGCAGAUUCAGCAACGUCCACCCUGAGUGUGGCCCCAGCUGAUGUCCCAGUGUCCAGCACUGAGCAACUGGAACUGGACCGUCUCAGGCUGCCUGAAGGCGAGGAAUCCCCCGGGACAAACGUCCCAGCCUCCGAACCUCCCGAGGUGUGUCCGGACGACGUUCUGUAUAUUUCCGAUCUGAUAACUUUCUCCGUCCGUUUCUGCGGUGACAACUCGCCGGUGAACAAGACGCUGACCUUUGGCUCUCCCCUGGAGAUGGUGGAGGUGGUUGUGGAGCUGAUCACCACCACGGACCGGGGCCGAGGCUUUCUCCUGCUCUACCACUUUGAAAAUGACCUCAGCAAUGACCUCCAGACCCCGGUGAAGGUCAGAGGCCACGACAACCUGAUCCAUUUCCUGGUCAUUGGUGGCAUUGCUUUGCUAUUGGCCGUCCUGCUGACUGCUGUCUGCCGCACCUGGAGGAGAAGGUCUCAUUAUAAAGGAAGGUGUUCCCACUGCUCAAGGAAUCGUGAGGUUGGGAUCCAGAAUACUGCCGCUGAUAUUGGGGAUAUGCAGUUGGUACCCAACGGGAUGCAUCAGGAUGAAAACGAGAACAACAAUCACAGCGUCAGCCUGGGACGACAGGGUAACUCCCUCCAAGCCGAAAUGGAAGUCGCCUCCACCGAGUCGGCAGUGACUGAGUCCGGGAGUGACGAGAUCUUUGUGAUUUCUGCCGGUCCCAGCGUGGGCACUUUGCAUUUCUCUAGUUUUAAGACGAAGGUUUCCAAGAGGAGCCCGUCGAGUUCACCCACUGUCUGUGACUGGCUGCUGCCAGACCUCCCCCCUUCUGAACAGGGAAAUCCAGUGGUGGAUCGAGCAGGGGAUGACAGAGAGGAUUCUCCUUCCAGGCAGCAAACAUGCUACACACACAACCCCAAGGAUGCUGAGAGGCCACUGCCAAGAGAUUGGUAUGGCUGGACUUCAACAGGACCACUUACUAAGCUGGUGGAGAAGUGUACCCCAGGCAACUUACCGAGUGACCAGGCCACUGAGAGACGUCGGAAGGUUAUGUCCGACGUGCAGUUAGAGGCAGACUGGGAACAACUGUGUACAGAUUCGUCGGCAGGUGCUGCUUCAUACCCUCUCACCCGCUCCGCCCAGACCCAGCGCAAGCUCACCUCGGCCACCAAUUUACGGCGGACCUGGUUUGGAAGUCCCUGCUUUGGCACCCGGCUGGGUGCCGCUCGACACGACUCCAGUGGGGCAAGGCAGGUGGUCCCGCGCGGCGUGGGCCCCAGGCCCCCGCAGGAGAGCGCCAAGUCGAACGACCUCUCUAGGGGCUUCCAGAUUGAUGGGGCCAAAAGCAGGCACCAUGCACCUGAAUCUGAGCGGGUAAACCUGAUCAAACCGGCUUUCGUCAUUUCGGAGGCGAGUGAAGAUCGCGAGCCUCUGGUCCGGGCUCUGGACGCAGUCAGCCAAUCUGGCAACAUUGGCCCUUUCGAGGAACUGAAGCCGAACAGAAGCGAUGCGGCUUCGGAGGGCCAGAGGCUGACCCACGCUGUCCCCGGGGCAUCUUAAAUCAACGCAGUGGGUUAACUGCCCCAACGUCGUGCAUCGUUCCAGUGAGGCAGAGUGUCAUCCCUGCACAGUCGCUGCAAACCCCACCACACCGAUAUUGCACUGACCUCGUGGGCAAGUGGCAUUACCUUGCUGCUGACAAAAGGAUUCGUUUUCCUGAGGCAGUGGUGCUGUGGGGAGGGGGCUCCAGCUUUUAUUGGUGGCCAAUUAGCUGGUUGUGUUACAAGGCUGUUUUGAAGCUCAUCAGAACAAAAAGCAACACGUCCCAAGGAUUAAGUGCCUCACAACUAAAGAGACAAAAUCUUCACUUAAUGACUUCAGAGUCCUCUUGAAAAGCAAUACUAUUGUUAAUACUGUGGCUUAAGCUAAAAUGUAUAAAUUCUAUUAGUAAUUGAUCGUGUUAAAUUCACUAAUAUUGGUUCAUUUAAACAGAAACACACCAAGUAGCUCUUUCACUAAACACAAUGAGACUACAAGAUAUAGGAGCAGAAUUAGGCCAUUUGUCCAGUCAAGUCUGCUCCACCAUUUCAUCAUGGCUGAUCCCUUCACCCAUAUCCCUUCAUGCCCUGGCCAAUCCAAGAAUCUAUCAAAUAUACCCAAUGUCUUACCAUUCUCUGGCUAAAGAAAUUCCUCCUCAUCUCUUUUCUAAAACUUUGUCCCUCUAUUUUGAGGCUGUCCUCUGAUCUGAGACCCCUCCCCCACCAUCCUCUCCACAUCUACUCUGUCGAGGCCUUUCAACAGGUGAUUGGUUUCAGUGAGAUCACCCCUCAUUCUUCUAAAUUCCAGUGAGUACAGGCCCAGAGCCAUCAAACGCUCCUCAUAGGAUAAGCCUUUCAACCUCAGAAUCAUUAUUUGUGAACUUUCUUUGAACCCUUUCCAAAUUCAGCCUGUCCUUUCUUAGAUAAGGGGCCCAAAAACUGUUCUCAAUACACCAAGUGAGGCCUCACUGGUGCUUUAUAAAGUCUCAACAUUACAUCCUUGCUUUUAUAUUCUAGUCCUCUUGAAAGUGAGGAGAAAGGUGCAAGUCAAAUGGGUUAAAAUCCACUAUAAUCAAUUACAGUUUUGAAACAGUUGGGGACCAAUAAAAUGGUGGCCAGGAGGCAAAUUGAUGCUUCAUGUGUUUCUUGACAAAGGUUACUGACUGAGGAAGGCUCUGAAAAGUGCUGCAUUGUGAAACAUCGAUGUCCUGUGUUGGCACACACUGCUGUGUCAUCCGGUGUUUACUGGACCAGAUGAAACUGUGAAGGUGAAAAACGCUGCAAUGAUGUAUUCCCACUGAAAUUUCAUUACAGGUCUUUAACUAUUUUAAUGCUUUCUUCCU